AUGGAAGAACUGAAGCGGCGUCGAGGAGGAUUGAGGAGUGCUCUUUCUCGCUCGAUCAAUGGAGCAUUGGAGAAGCUCACCGAAGCAGAUCUUCAGGAGGAAGAAAUCGAGGUCCUGACUGCACAGCUAAAGAAGAAACUGGAGAAGUUGGAGGCAGUGGACGCAGAACUGGAGGUCCUCUGGACAGAACAAGAACUCGAGGCCGAACAACAAGAAAGCUUUGAAUAUAGUGCCCGAGCGACAGCGCUAUUGGCGAGGCUACAGUUUCGUGUGCAAAGACUGAAUUCAGUAGCCAGUUUGCGUGGGAGUCAUCGUUCCGAAGAAAGGCCUGUUGGCGACUCAACCGCAUCCGGCCUGCAGAUCAGGUUGCCGAAGUUGAACCUAGUCAAAUUCAACGGGCAACGAAAGGACUGGGUGGCAUUUUGGGAACAGUUUCGGCAAGUCAUUCAUGACAAUGGGAGGCUUUCCGUUUGCGAGAAGUUCAGCUACUUGAGGUCAGCUCUCACUGGGGAAGCUGCAGCAGCAAUAUCUGGACUGCCACCUACAGAAAGGUGCUACAAUGACGCACUUGAAAUUUUGAAAGGUCGUUACGGGAAUGAAGCCCUGCAAAUAGAGGACCACAUGGCGAGGCUCAUGGGAUUACAACCAGUCAGGUCCCACCAGGAUGCAAAGGGUCUCAGGAAGCUCCAUGACGAGCUGUCAUCGCAUACAAGAGCUCUGAAGGCAUUAGGAGUCUCGGAGGAGUCGUUUUCGUCAAUGUUGUACUCCCUAAUGCUUCGCCUGAUACCACAAGGCAUCGUUGUGGAAUUCAACAGAAGGAUGCUGGAGGCAGAAGAUGGAUCUCCAGAGGAAGGGGGAUCUCGAGAGGAGACGCCCAACGGACAAGGUGACAGAGAAAAUCCAUCACCUUCCAGCGGGGAGCACGUCGCUAAGUUACGUAAAUUCAUCAAGUUCCUACGAGUGGAGGUAGAAUGCUUGGAAAGAACGCUUACUGCUCAAGGAACAAGAAAAGAUACAGGAGAUGGAUUUCCAAAAAUGAAAGGCGCUCGAAAGCAGCGUACAAAGGGAUCAGCGAGACUGUCGUCAGCAGCAGCACUAGUCAACACUACAGAUCAGCUGUCGGAUUGUUUCUUUUGCAAGUCACGGGAUCACCGGACCACGGAGUGCGACACACGGAUGUCACAGGAUGACAAGCUGCGAAGGCUGCAGGAGGCAGGACGAUGUUUCCGAUGCACCUGGCCAAACCACGUAUCGAGGAAAUGUUGGAGGAAGGUGAACUGCGGUAAGUGCCAAGGAAGGCACGCGGCUUCGGUGUGCAAUCAUCGUAGAGGAGAUGAAGAGGCGAUUCAAGACCGCGCAGCGGAUGGAACAACUCAACUGAGUUUAGAGCUGUUGAACGAAGAUUAUGCUCCUACGACUGUUUUGCAGACCACAGUUGCUUGGUGCAAAGGGGAAAAAGAGCAACGGAAAUGUAAGGUGAUGUUCGACACCGGCAGUCAACGCUCGUUCGUGACCAAGCAGAUCGCCCAGACGCUCCACUGCAGGACGGUGGGAGAAGAGACUGUAAAAGUAGGAGUGUUUGGAGGGCAAGAGGAAGAGCGGCUAGUAUAUAGACGAGUUCGACUGAGACUGCAAAGUAUAUACAACGAGAACGAGUACGACCUGGAAGUCCUGGUAACGGAUACCAUAUGUACACAGAGGACACCAAGACCGGGAUCCGGAAUACUGGACCAGAUGAAAGAGAGACAGCUAGCUGUGCAACAUUUGACGUGCGCAGAAAGCCAAGGACCAGUGCAAGUUCUCAUCGGCACAGAUGUGUACUGGGAUCUGGUGACAGGAGAAGUGAUCAGGUUAGGAUGA